AACCCCUCUACUCAACCUGUGUAGGAAAACUACGAAGCGGUUGGCGUCUUGUCUUUGUUUCAGGGUAGCGCUAGGAAAGAGAGCGGUGGCUAAAACUGUCUUGUCAGCCUAUUUGGCGUAAUAACGCAUAGUACAUAGUUCGAUUUUUCCACGAAGAUAGUCAAAAUGGGAACACAACAGUUUUGUUUGAAGUGGAACAACCACCACUCCAAUAUGCUGUCAGUAUUUGAACAGUUGCUGUCAAAUGAGGCUCUAGUUGAUGUGACUUUGGCCUGUGAAGGUGUCAGUAUAAAGGCUCACAAAGUGGUUUUAUCCGCGUGUAGUCCUUUCUUCCAGACUCUCUUUGUAGAUAAUCCUUGCAAACAUCCCAUUGUCAUUAUGAAAGACAUGAGGUACGUUGACUUGAAGGCUAUCAUAGACUUCAUAUAUCACGGUGAGGUAAAUGUUUCUCAAGACCAGCUGUCUGCGUUACUAAAGACUGCAGAAACGUUGAAAGUGAAGGGACUUGCUGAAGUGGGUGGCGAGAAACAAGGAGAUAAGGGUGGGUCGCAGGAGGUCGUUCAACAGCCUAUAAACAAUACGUCGUCACUGCCAUCGAGUAAUCAACAUCGAGCUGAAACGCCGCCAAUUCAUAAAAGAAAAAGGGGAAGGCCAAGGCGGCGAUCGGGUUCGAGUCACAACAGCGACGUAGAAGACCAGGUGCCAUCCAAGAUAAAGCAACCCGAUUCUCCCGAAAUUAUUAGUGAUAUCAGUAGGGACGGUGUUGGGGACGUACCGCAGGAAGUCAGUCAGAGGUUAUCUGUGACCCAAUCCCGUGUUCCUCCCAUCUCGUCAAGCCAAAGUGUUCACUCAUCACACAAGUCAUCCCAUUCUAUGUAUUCUUCAGUUCCUUCUCAGCAGGAUUCGGGUGCUACAAUCGAGGAGCCAGCUGUCAGCGAUGCAAACUUUGACUUGGAGCCUUCCAGACUAAUGGAGCAGUCCAUGACAGCAGGCAGUAGUGUUUCUAUGUACGAACCUCCAGCAUUACCGUCGUCAUCACCAGCAUUAGCUCUUCCAUCGUCAUCAGCAGUAAGAGAAGCACAGUCAUCCAAUUCUUUAGUUAGUAGUCAAGCGAUCAUUCCCACCUCAUUACAUUCUGCCUCAGACUCAUCUGCCUCAGGACUCGGAACUCAGGACACACUAGAAGAUAUCAAGCCUUUUGUAUCAUUCGAAGAGCCUCCAGUCACAGCGUCCGUCCAAUCCCAUGACAACAGUAAUGCUAUGAUUCCGUAUAUGGACACAUCGGGUGUUGCAGCGAUACCAGGACCCAGCAGUUACCAGCCCGAUAUGAGUUUAACGCAGUCUCAAGUGUCCCAGCAGCCUUCUCAAGGGCAUUCUUCAAGCAAUUUCAACCCACUUUUUGAAGAAAACUGUUUUGUAUUGGGUAUCAAGGAGAAUGAAUGUCCAGUGUGCAUGAAGACAUUUUUCAAUAAAUCCAACAUGAAAAGACACAUGGAAAUGCACAAGCCUGCUCGUCACUCAUACCAGUGUUCCAUUUGCCUCAGGUCCUUCUCCUGGAAAGGAAAUUUAAAAACCCACAAGCAGACAGUUCAUGCAGACAUAGAGCUACUUGAAAUGCAGCUCAAAGAGAAAUGCCAAAAAAGAUGAUAUAGAUUGUUUUCUGUACGUGUUAUUGAUGUCUCUGUGUCAGAUAUAAUAUUUGUAAUAUUAUUCAGCUGUAAGAGAGUUUGCAUGUCCACUAUUAAUUGAAACUUUAAAAUGUUCUUGCAAAUUUUAAACCAAUUGGUUGAAUAAGUUCAAAAUGUUAUAAGGCCCAUUCAAACAUACAUUUGAGGUCCAUGUCAAUUUCUUUGAGUUUACCUAACUUUGACAGUCCUUUUUUUUAAAUUUCAGCACACAUAUCUUAUGUGUUUGAAAUUUUCCUCAUCGCAACGUAUGUAUUUCGUUUUAUGUGUCUUUGAGUACUCAAUGAUGAAACCACAUAAUUAGUAUUUUUAUGAUCAUUAAUAACAGAUAUUUGAGUUAUGAAGUUAUUUAAAUCAAACAAAGAUAUGUUAUAUGUGACAUAAGAAAACACAUAGUCCAUGGAAGAAGUAGGCUUUAUUCUGUAUUAUGUACCAAUAUUCCUCUUCUCUGUUAUAAUAUGAAAACUAAUUAUUUUUGUUAGUUUUUAUAUUUCUAUUUUUUGUUACGUAUUUAGCUUCAGGUUUACAAAUUAACAGUUUUAUGAAAUAUUUGUAUAUCGUUAUUAAAAUGUUGAUAGAUAUUUAAUGAAACCAACUCUAUAUGUUAACAGAUUCAUCUUUAAAAUAUGUGUAGAAUGUUAUGGCCUGUUAAUUAUUCAAGAGGUAGUGAGUUUUUGUGUGAAACUAUGUUAGUGUUUUCUGAUCAUGGAUGAAGGCCAUAGACUAUUAAGUGUGGUUUUUUGUGUCAUACUUGGUUACUCUAAGGUUGUUGUUUUUUUACAUAUUUUAUGAGACUUAUUCUUGUUAAAUUUCUGUAUGAUUUGUCUGACUGUUAGUCCUACUUUUGAGUUAUUUCAAGCUUUUUGCACGACAUUAAUCUUGAUCUUAGAAACUUACUUAAAUUAGGUUUGAAAAUGGACUACUUUGGUUAUAUUGGCCAUAUCUUGUUAAACCUUCAGCUCCAAAAUGAUUAAGUAUGUUUUGUCUAGGAGCAGGAAAGUUUUUAUAAAGAAUUUUGUCAUGUUACAAAGAGAAAAUUAGCAGUCUGAGUUAGCAUUAACUUUUCAAAUAAGGUCUUAACAACAAUAUUUUGUUUUUGGUUUUCAUUACUGAGUUUAUGCUGUUUAAGAGAGUAAAGUCAAACACAAUUGUUACUUGGUGAUAUAAGCUAUACAGUCUGAAUGAAAGAACUUGUGUAAUUGUCAUCAGUUUCAGGUUAAACAAAAGGUUUAAUAAAUGCUUUCCAUUACAAA